GUGCCGGGUUAAUUCUCAAUCUCCUAGACUCUACUGGCCUCGACGCUGUCCGUGAAUACUUCCAUCUAAGCGACGAAGAAAUGGCAUCCUUAAGGAUCCAGCUCCCCGGCAGUUAGCCGUCUGAGCCACGUCAGGUGCCCCCGCCGAGCCAACAAUCUCCUUCUAGGGGAAAGGAGAAAGCCAGCUCUUCUUCUCAGGUGCCGAGGAAAAUGAAAGCCACAAGGGUCCCCUCGGCGUCGGAUGAGGAUCCUGCGCUAAAAACGAGGCGCAAAGAGAAGACGCCAGUGGUAGAAACAUGGACGCCGACAGUCCCCAUUCUUGACGUAGACAUUCCUUUGGCACCGAGGGAACGCGUGCUUAUCCCGGGGGCAAAAAUUAUGGAUCCCAAUUCUAAGUCCCAGACGUCUCUGACGCCGAGAUUGGGGCGAUGCUGAAACUUUCUCCUUGCUUCUCCCUUGUCUUCCAGGCUUUAUAUGAGUCUUUUCUUGAGCCGCACUGGGUUGCUGCCCCUCAGUCUUCUUUGGUUGAUCGUCAGCAGAAGCAGAUCUCUUUCCAAAUUCACGGCCUAAUCCUCGCCAUCCUCAACCUUCUCGACCUAAUUAAGGUUAAGGAGCAGGAUAAAGAGAUGGACAGCGUGAAGGCCGAGCUUAACUCUCUUCUCAAUGACGCUAAGACUAAGUGUACGAACGCCGCCGAGGAGAAAGAUGUGGCCGUGGCCAAAUGGCAGAGUUUGGAAGGUGAACUGGCUAGGCUAACCGCCUCGGUUGAGGACCUUACAAAGCGGGUAGAUACAUCUGAGACGAAGUUGGCAGAAGCAACUAAGGCGGUGAAGAGACGUUUUGCUGAGGGAAAGGCCGAGGGGAAGAAAGAAGCCGAAGCCAAGGCUGCAGCAUUUUUUGAUGCCAAACGUGCAGAGAUUAUUGAGGAGUUAAAGGCUUCUCCGGAGCUCAUCGACAUUCGUACCAAGGAUUUUCAAUCCGCUGGUCAACAAAUUUUCGAUUUGAUAAAACAAGAGCAUCCUGAGUGGGACUUGGGCUUCCUUUAUAAUGCUCAUCUUCUUGCUGGCGACGACAACUCUUCCCCGCCUGGUCAUGACUCAACGGUUGGCGGCGAGGCCUGAAGAUUUUUUUUUUGCUACUGUCUGUAAC